CACAAAUACUUGGAACCAAAGUUUUCAGCCAAGAGACAUUCUUAUUACGUCAUUGGCAUGACCCCUGACAGUACAGCUAAUGAACAAAUCAUCAAUUCUAUGAAAACCGUAUUCACUCCAUCAAUGUUCAUCGCCAUCUCUCAUCUCUCCUACCCGGUGAGAAACUUCACAGACUGCUUCAUCUUCCCAGUGGUCAUGGAGACUCUGCCUCCAAACCUUGUUCGUGGGAAAGACUACACCUACGGGCACACGAUCAAUGAAACCUUGGCGCUGCUUGGUGAAGUGGAUAAGGCAGGCUUUUCCAUUCCUCUUGGAAUCUCGUUUAGUCUCAAAGGAGUGUACUACACCCCCAAGUUCGCCGAUCCUGCUUCACCGGCGUUGGACGAAUUUCAGCUAUUUAAGCCGUGCCAGGAUCAUCCGGAGCCAUACUACGAGGACCCAAAAGUGUUCUGCCCACAAGAUGACUGGUCUCCGAAACUACCUUCAUUGGCCUACAACAUGCGAGAGAAGAAAACAAUCACCUACUUGACUGAGACCACAAUAACGCAAAUGGCAUGUAACGGCAAGAAGUUUCACCUGAACCUGAAAUUCGCCCUGGCCGCUUACGACGUCGACUUUGACCACGCUCUACCAUGCCCGCGACUGGGUUUCCAAUCGUCAGGCGCCGGCUAACACAGAGUCAAGAAUACGCGCAAUGUGUUGAACUUUAUACGGAAUAAUUACACCGAUGCUAGAGCGAAUUUCAAAUGCCGAUUGAUCCCCGUUGGUUAAACCAAAAUACAGAACAGUUGAAUAUG